CUGUAGCAGUACUCUACCUCUGACGUAAUUCAUUAAUAGAGGGAGUGUCUUUUUAAUUACGCUCAUUUGGUAGCAUAUAAAAGGGGCCGUAGUGUCGCUAUGUGUGUGCGUCUUUUCUGCGUCAGCAAGAGAAUCACCUUACUUCCGGCGGGGCGUGUGAACUUUUGCGAGGGUGGACUGAGGAGCUUUUCGGAACGCCUUCAGCCAUGGCUGCUUCCAUGGAGAUGCAUUUAAUAUGCAACAGUCGCUGUGCCAAUCGCAUUACAGUGAACAGAAAAGCAAGUUCUCACCAGCUAAAACACGACGAAAUGGCAACCCGGCCGUCUCACUUUGAGGAGAACCUUCUGUGCCCUGUUUGCCGUGACAUCUUCAGAGAUCCCGUUCUCCUGCUGUGUUCUCAUAGCUUUUGCUGGGCCUGUCUGAAUCAGUACUGGGAGCUCAGCGGCUCACAGAUAUGCCCUGUAUGCCGGACAGACUUCUGCAUGGACCGUCCUCCAUGCAACCGCGCUUUGAAGAACCUGUGUGAGAUCUUCCUGCAGGAGAGAAGCAAGACUGCGUCAGCAGAGCCCGAGUUAUUCUGCAGUGCGCAUGGAGAGAAACUUCAGCUCUUCUGUGUGGAGGACGAGCAUCUCGUGUGCAGCGUGUGUGUGACUGACGACAUGCAUGUUAAACACACAUUCAGACCUGUGGAUGAAGCUGCAGUGGCUCUCAAGGAGGUGUUCAAAACAAGCCUGAAGCCUUUGCAAGAGAAGCACAAACUCUUAAAAUUAGAAAAAUUAAUCUGUAAUCAACGAGUGAAACACAUCAAGAAUCAAGCUGAGCAAACAGAGGCACAUAUUAAGAAGGAGUUUGAGCAGCUUCGUCAGUUUUUGCGUGAUGAAGAGGCGGCCAGGAAAACAGCUCUGAAGGAGGAAGAGGAGCAGAAGAGGAAGCUGUUAGAGGAGCAGAUGAUAAGAAUUAACAGUGAACUCUCAUCUCUGGUAGAAAGAAUUAGGAUCACUGAGGAAGAGAUAGAGACCGACAACAUCUCAUUCCUGCUGAAGUACAAAGGCCCACCUGAAAGCUCUCAGUGCACCAGUCCCUGUCCAGAGAAGCUCCCAGAAGUGCUGAUCAAUGUGGCAAAGCACCUGGGAAAUCUGAAGUUCAGCGUAUGGCAGAAAAUGAAGUCUGCUGCUCAAUACAUUCCUGUUGUCCUCGACCCCAACACCGCUCACCCAUGCCUGCAUCUAUCUGACAAUCUGAGCGAUGUGAGGUUUGGUCAGUGGAGUCAACAAGCCUUGGAUUACUCAGACAAAGGUGAGGGCUAUACGAGCGUCCUGGGCUCUGAGGGCUUCAGCUCUGGGACUCACUACUACUGGGACGUCGAGGUCGGUGACAACACCACCUGGGCCUUAGGAGUGAUUUCAGAGUCUGCCAUCCGGACUCGAGACAAUCUGCCCAGUUCUGGUCUGUGGCGCCUCGGCUUUCACAAUGGCGCAUACGGACAAGGCCUUUCAGGGGAGUUUCUCUCGCCGCUCGCCGUGAAACAGAAGGUCCAGCGUGUCAGAGUCCAGCUGGACUGGGACGGAGGGCGAGUGUCGUUCUUCAAUGCUCUCACCAACACGCAUCUCCACACCUUCACGCAUGCUUUUAGCGAGAAAGUGUUUCCGUACUUCUGUAACGUGUGUUCGUCUCAAGCUCUGCGCAUCUUGCCGGUGGAAAUGGCUCCAGCAGGACUGGAGGUACAGAGAUUUUCUGCAUUAACCAACAAAAUAGAGAAGUAAAAAUCCUGUUCAUUUUCUACGCAGAAAAUGAAUGAGAGAAAAUUAAUGGAAAAAGUGAAUAGAGUUUUUUUUUCCAUAGGAUUACUGUGAAAAGACAUUACUGUGAAAUCUGCUGUGAUAAUUAGUUUCUUUUUUACUUUCACUGAC